AACGUGAAAUCAUGAAUUAAAUGUACCUCCCAGAGACGAUUUCGGCGGAAUUUAGAAAUCGCGGUUGAAGUACGGGCAAUGCCGUAAUCGCGACGUGCCUUGGUGCUCAGCUCUUCAGUAAUUGAAACCAGUUUUGCGACGGAAGUGGCACGCGCUUGUUGCACAGUUGCCAAGGCGACUGAUGAUGUACCAAGUGCUAUGAAAAAAAGGGCCCCAGCAUCGAAUAAUCACUAUUUCCUUAUUUCUAACGGCCGUUUAAUGCUCCCAAUACGGCUGGACCUUCAAUAAAAUGGACUUCUCGGUCUUAGGACAAUACGAUCCGUCCGUAGACGCCACAGGAGCUGUCGCUGCAGAACAUGAUUUGUUGUGGGAGGAACCGGCUUACGUAUUGCCCGGAGAUGGAUUGGAGGAAUUGGGACAGGAAUUUGCCGGAGCUGAAUAUCAUGAAAGACGAGCAUUGCUCGCUGAUGGAGGAGACCGAUUUGGAGUGUCUACCGUUUCUUUCGAUUCAAUGGAAGAACUUUUAUGGAUGGGAAACCAAGGGGGUCACGUAACGUCUUAUUAUGGAUCUAGUUUGCAAAAAUACACCUCUUUUCAAGUGCACGAAAAUCAAGAGGUUCGUCAUAUUCAUUCCGAGGAUACAGGAGUUUUAAUGCUGACACGGAGCCAAUUGCGAUAUCAGUUACGACGUGGUAUCCCAAUAUUUACAUAUACGUCAAAAAAUAUGGCGGAUAUGCAAUGCAUGCUCCAAAUUUCUCCGACGAGAUUAUUAAUGGCUGGUCAUCAAGAAAAACUGAUUGAUUUUAAUCUCACGAGAUACACUCAGACAGGAUUGGUUCAUGUAGGUGAGAGUGGUUGUGCAAUAUUGAGACAGCAUAGCAGACUCAUAUGUGCCGGUAAUCCUGCAGGCAGGAUCGAUCUUCGAGACCCAAACACACUCUCCAUCGAACACACUUUAGACACCCACAGUGGUUCUUUGAGUGAUUUUGACGUCCAAGGAAAUUACCUCGUCACUUGUGGCUUUAGUAACAGUCGUCAGGGAAUGACAGUUGACCGAUUCUUGAUGGCAUAUGACUUGAGGCAAAUGAGAGCUCUGAGUCCAGUCACAACUAUGAUUUGUCCACUCUUACUGAAGUUCCUACCGAGUUACUCGAGUCGUGUAGCUGUCGUAUCUUCACUCGGACAAAUGCAGCUUCUUGAUACUAUUUAUGCCAAUGUGCUGCCCUCGAUGACUUGUUUAUACCAGGUUGCUACUGGAGGUGCUAUGAUAUUAUCUUUUGAUGUCUCUCCUACAUCACAAUGCCUUUCCUUCGGAGAUUCAGCAGGAUAUAUACACCUUAUGUCCACAAAUAACGUAGCGCCUCAAUUUAACACCUACUCCAGGUGUUUUGAUUCCAGGCCGACAGAAUUUGCAGACCCAGUUGAAACACUCGAGCCUAUCUCGUUUUAUGAUAACACAACACCUCUAAGUACAAUACCAACGAUGUACACUGGUCAACCACUUUUCAGCGACUGGCCUUCCGAGUUCAUCCAGAAGGUGUACAGAAAAUCACCACAGAUAGAUCCAGAAAUCCUGCGUUCUAUGAAGAUGCAAGGUACCAUAGGUUAUGCACCGAACCCUCAGGCUUUUCGCAGAAAUCAAAUUCCAUACCAUUUGGAAAAGAGGCGAGGUGUAGCCACAAAACUUUUCGGUGGAGAUUCGAGAGCUAAACCUGAUGACGGGACCUUUGUGGCUAUACCUAAACGCUAUCGUAAGACAGAAGUGAAAUACUCACGACUUGGUUACGAUGAAUUUGACUUUGAGCAGUUUAAUCGCACCAAUUUUUGCGGGUUGGAAGCUACACUUCCUAACAGCUAUUGCAAUUCUAUGCUUCAAAUCCUUUAUUAUUGCGAGCCCGUGAGGAUAGCCUUGCUUUCUCACUCGUGUCAGACAGAAUUUUGCCUAUCUUGCGAACUUGGAUUUCUUUUUCACAUGCUGGACACUUCGCGAGGAGUUCCUUGUCAAGCUGCGAACUUUCUCAGGGCUUUCAGAACUGUUCCUGAAGCGUCGGCUUUGAGUUUGAUACUCAGUGACCUUCAUCCUGAAGCCAAGAGGAAAAUCAGCCUCAUAAGAUUGAUACAGAGUUGGAAUAGAUUCAUGUUACACCAAAUGCACUAUGAAAUUCUGGAAACGCGAAAACGUCAGCAAGAAGAGGAGGAAGCCGCUCGUCUAAAAAUGGGUCCCAAGCAUCCUGCUUUUGUUUACGACGAACAAGACUUUCCCAGUAUCCUGCAAGAUCUUGGUUCUCGCUACAGGAACAAUGAGGAAGACCGGAAAAAAAGACGGAGCCAAGAGGAGGAUGGUAAAUAUAUGUGGAUCACAUCGAAAGAUGAUGACAGUAAAAAAUCCGCGGACGAGAAUGUCAUUCAGGAAGAGGAUUCUGAAAUCAGUCGACUUUUUGGUUCUGAGCAAAUGCACAUACAUCGAUGCUUGAAAUGUGGACACGAAACCCCAAAACAUUCCAUUAUGUUGCUAUGCAACUUGACUUAUCCCGAAAUAACGAAUCCAACGGAAGAAAUUCCAUUUACAAGUGUUUUGGCCAAAAGUAUGACACCGGAAAAAGUCACUCCUGCCUGGUGUGAGACUUGUCAGAAAUAUGCUCCUACUCUACAGUUGAGACGGUUGACCAAACUACCUCAAAUACUAGCACUUAAUUGUGGACUAGACACGCAAAAGGACAAAAUUUUUUGGCAGAAUCAAAUGGACAUCGUCGUUCACAAGGUUUUGAAUGGAAAGGAAGGCAUCAGUCCUGCCUCGAGUCCUAUACCCUCAAUCCUGAAACCAUGCCGAUAUGGUUCAAACUGUUCUCGUGCUGGGUGCCGAUUCAGACACGCUGGACGAGCUUCAGAAACGCCAACACAUUCACCCCUUACACCUGGACCAUCGCCAAUUAAUCGAUCGGCAACACCUUCUAGCCACCUUUACAGUACAAAUUCCUGGGUGCCGCACAACAUAGAAAUAACGUUGGAUGAGAAGCGGGAAUUAACUGUGAAAAAAGUCGAUAUUCCUCAACAAAGUUGCGCUAAGCAAGAAUUUCCCGCCGAGAAUGGCGAAGCGGUUGAAAAUUCAAAUCAGAAAUCCGAAACCCUGGAAGACAGUCUUGGAACUCUCGAGAUAGGAGAUUCAGAAGCGGGAAAAGCUAAACUUGAUGAACAGUCUGAGGAGAAUAAGAGCCAGAAAGUUCAGUAUACGCUGAGCGCAGUCGUUUGUCAUAUUGACGACAAAAACAAUGAGGAUCGACGAAAUCUCGUGGCGUUGAUUCGCGUUGGAGGACAAUAUCGGGAAAAGUCGAAUGGAAAUUCAAUUCCCCAGUGGUACAUCUUCAACGACUUCUGCAUAUCAGCUGUCUCUGCUCAGGAAGCUGUUUGGUUUAAUCUCGACUGGAAAGUACCCUGUGUUCUACACUAUACAGCAAUGCCUUCCCCUGAGCCUGCACUUUUUAUAAGUCCUCUAACUUAUGAUGUUUUUGGAGAGGAUAAUUGCAUUGCUCGCAGUGGCGGAACUAGAGGAAUUACUUUCACACCUCUCUCAACUGAAGAGAUGCCCAACAAAGGUGAUUUGGUAGCAAUCGAUGCUGAAUUUGUUACAUUGAACCAAGAAGAGGCGGAAUUACGUAGCGAUGGAAAGAUGUCAACGAUAAAGCCGAGCCACAUGUCUGUUGCAAGAAUCACGUGUAUUCGCGGACAAGGGCCACUUGAAGGUACUCCCUUCAUAGACGAUUAUAUAAGUACCCAGGAACAGGUGGUGGAUUAUCUCACAAAGUUCAGCGGAAUUCAACCCGGAGAUUUGGAUGCCAAUUUUAGCAGCAAACAUCUCACUACGCUGAAGUCAACUUACCAAAAAUUGAGGUUUCUGGUGGAUAAUGGCAUAAUAUUUGUUGGGCAUGGACUCAAAAACGAUUUCAGGGUGAUUAAUCUAGUAGUACCACCAGAGCAAAUUAUUGAUACAGUACAACUGUUUCAUCUUCCGCAUCAUCGGAUGGUGUCGCUUCGAUUUUUAACCUGGCACUUUAUGGGCAAAAAGAUACAGUCGGAAACACACGACUCUGUAGAAGAUGCGCGCGCAGCCCUGGAACUUUAUCACAAGUACAAAGAACUGCAGAGUCGAGGAACUUUAGCCGAGUCUCUCAAGGAACUUUACAGCAUUGGUACACGAUUAUCGUGGAAGGUUCCGGAUAGCUGAUGUUCAAAUAAUCAACAAAAUGAAAGUCUUUCAAAUUAAUUCAGCAAUUGUCGAGAACGCUCGAGAGUGAGAAAAAAGUUGAAAGGAAAUGAAAUCUGAAAAGUUUCAUACGGCUUUAUAUUUAGAGCCAAAGUCCCAUUCAUAUUCUAAGAUACGAAAAUUCUGAUAGUUUCAGACAUUGUAAUAUUGUUUUAGUGUAGAUUGUAGUUUCCGAUGUGUCUGAUUCUGUCAGACUUUUUUCAGGAAUCGUGUGCUGUGUAAAUGUUAAAUACGUAAAUAAUUUUCUCUGCAUAAGUUCGGAUAAAAAAUGGGUAAUGUGUUUU